AUGUCGCUCCAGGACUUCGUGCACAACUACGAGAUGGAGAGUCUGCAGCUGGGGAUCACGGCGCGGCGGGAUGUGAUGAUGCGCGUGAUGGAGUUCUUCCCGUCACCCGAGGACGACGGGCUCAGCAGCAACUUCCAGGCCACGUCGCAGGCGCUGGCAGCUCGGCGCACUGCAGAGAACCUCAAGCGCGAGGAGAGACCGGGGGCCAUGCUUGUGCUGGCGGGCAACACGCGCGAAGGCUUCCACCAUCGGCUGCGCAAUAUUCAGCUAGUGGCGCUGGCGAACGCCCUGCACAAGAGCAAUGUGCCUGGUCUUAUUGGUCUCGAUCUGCGCUACAACAACCUUGGCGAGCACGAGGACGCAUCAUCCGGCCAGCACGAAACUGAGAAUGGAGGAGAGGAGGACGAGGAAGGAGCACGCGACGAGCGCGAGUAUCUUCUGGAAACCGCAUCAAGUCUUGGUCGUCUACUGCAGCCUAGUCCGUCGUACCCGUGCCAGAUCGCCGAGCUGAACCUGAAGGGCAAUCGACUAGGAAGCGAGAGCUGCCGACUGCUCUGUACAGCACUCGACGCAGCGGGGUCGGCUUCCCCACUACGAAGGCUCAACCUCAAUGGGAAUCCGCUUGGGCCAAUGGGAGGCCACGCCAUCGCAGCGCUACUUGCGUCGACCUCGUGCCCACUACAGGAAGUCGACGUGGGCAACACGGAGCUCGACGUCUCCAAUCUCAUAGCCAUAGCGCAGUCGCUGCGUGUCAACCGCAGAUUGGAGGCGCUAAACCUGGACAACCCCAUCAUACGCACCAAGGAGGAGGAGGCAAUCCAGUACAUCGGCAAGGCGUUGCAAGUGAAUCGAGUGCUGACGAAUCUGAGCUUGGCCAAGCAUCAGAUCUCCGAUCACGGCGCGCAGGUGCUCGCCGAACGCUUGCUGGACAACCGGUCGCUGCGGCGGCUUGUACUCCGCGCCAAUAAGAUUGGAAGUUCAGGUGCUUCUGCACUCGCAGCACUCAUGCUGCGUCACCCGACGCUCGCCGAGUUUGAUCUCAGUGCCAACCGAAUUGGUGACGUCGGCGCCAAGGCCUUUGCACAGGUGCUCCGGGCCAACAUGGCCACGCCUCUGGAGGUGUUGUCACUCUGCUCUACAUCCCUCACCGACGAAGGCAUGGCUGCAAUCGCGACAGCUUGUUUGAAGCCCCAAAAACCCGAAGCUGGAUCGCGUCUGCGCUGCCUGCUGCUCUGGGGGAACGUCUUUGGCCUCAAGACAUCUCCGCUGGUGCUCGAGCUGUGCGAACCCGGAGGUCGGUUCCACGAGUACAACGUCGAGACGGACUUUUUGCCUCGCCUCAUCGAUGACGAAGUGCUUGUAGCGCACCAGGAAGCGUAUCACUUCUCACAAUUCGCGUCCCCGAAGCGGUAA